CAAGUCGAGUCCAGAGUGUCGUCUCCAGCCAGGGCAGUCUGGAUUCAGACAUGCAGGGUUACGAUGGCGGCAGCAGUGACUCUGAGUGUGAGAGCCCCACCCUGGAUGAACAGGAGUGUCAGUCACGUCUGAUGCCAGACUUCUGGCUGAUUGUUAAGAUCCACCAGGACAGAGUGAAGGUCUACUCCCAUUCCAGAUGCUUCACAGAAGAAAAAGACGUCAGUGCUGAGGAGUUUGAGAAGAAGGAGGAGGAGCAGGAGCUGCCUGAAUACUUACAGCUGCAUCAGACAGUGGUCAGGAAGAUCGGUGAAAUCUGCAGAAUAGUCAAUCAGCGUAUGCUGCUGCAGGACCUACAUGACAGCCAUGUGUGUAACUCUCUGCUGGUGGCUGAGAGUGAGGAAGACAUCUGGAAGAAUGAGUCUCUGUACAGGCAGAGGCUCAACACCUCUGAUGACUACAACACAGAGGAGAGCUACCAGGCCAGAGACUACCUGGCAGCCACCAUGCAGUUCAUCCCUGGACAUUUUGCCUGUGAUGUGGUGUGGAGCACAAUCAUCCACAUUCACCCACGUCUCAAAAUGGGACCCAACAUGGGGGUGUCCAGGGCAAUCCAGGCCCUGCGCUCUGUGCUGAACUCUUUCUGUGUGGUCAACAGGAAGAACAUGUUUGUCUACCAGGAGCGUACUACAAAAUCAGUCUUCUACCUCAGGCUCUGUGAAACUUCACUAACAGGGAAAUACUCUGACAUGGAUGGAAACCUCCCCAUGACUCGCUCCAUUGGACUUUUCAGGAGUCAAGAGCCCUUGUUCUCCGAGGACAUCAUGGGAUCCAAGUCCUCUCUGGAGGGAUCUCGGCCAGUUGGACAAGUAGAUAAGCACAUCCUGCUGCUGGUGCAUGGAGUGGGCAAUGCAGGCCCAGAGAUCACAGACGAACUGGUUAAAGUUCUGCGGAAGCGCCUGGAUGAAACCACUUUGGACAUCAUCACUGUCAUGCUCGUCAGGAACUGCAAGUUGACCCCAGCUGAUGUGGAGUUCAUCCAGCCAUCAGGGUCUCCGGCCACUGAGGUGAUGACCUUCAGCCUCCCACAGUACUGUCUACCCUGGCUGUCUGCUGUGGCUCACUACCUCAGGCAGAACCUUCUCAUCUUCCUGCAUGUACCCAAGUACACCGACAGCAACACAGCGCACCAUUUCAAGCACUACUUUCAUCUGAGCAGUGACUUGGCUGACGGCAAUAUCUACCUCUACAAUAAACCUGGAGGCCAGGGGACUGGAGGCAAAG